CCAGGGCAGGGACCAGGGCAGGCAUGGAGUCUGCAACCGAGGAAGGAAGUCUCUUCAAAAAAUAUUGAAAAUAAGGUCUUUUUAAAGAAUACUGAAAAUAGAGUAUCUUCAAAGAGUAUUGAACAUAAAGAUACAGAAACAAAUCUACAGUCAAAGCUAUGGUCAACUUCCUUCUUAAAAGAAAGCACAGGUGAGGUGGGCAAAAAUGAAGUCAUUGCAAAGCAGGAGAAAAAUAAUGAAAAUUGCCUUCAGAUUAUUGAUGAUAAAUUGUCCAAGUCAACAAAAGAUGAUGGUGAAGAUGACACCAGUGAUGAAAGUAAUGAAGACAGUGGCCCAAAAAAGGACACUCGUGCCCCAUUAGAGUUAAUGGCAGAAUUCCUAAGAGCAGAAAUGAGCCAAGACUACCAUUUGGCUAAAAAAUUAUGUCAAAUGAUCCUAAUCUAUGAACCAGAAAAUCCUGAGGCCAAGGAGUUCUUAGUACUUAUUGAAGAAAUGUUGCUGAUGGAGAAAGCUCAAAAUCGUGAGGAAGAUGGGGAAGAUAGUGAAGAAGACAGUAGCGGGGAGAGUGAAGGAGAAAGCAGUGAGGAGCCGAGUGAAGAAAGCUCUGAUGAAUGUGAAGAUGGGUGAUGAAAGUCAGGAAACGUAACCUCCUGAAGUACGACUUUGUCUUUUUCACCAUUGUAUUCCUAGCAACUGCACAAGUACCUGGAAAAUAAUAGGAUGUAUACACAAAGUGAAUGAAUGUAGUGAAAAUUAAUGAAAUGUUUAUAUUCUUUUAUGAAACAUUUACACAACUAUAUUACACCUUUGAUGUAUUAAUCUAAAUUAUUUUGCUGAUUCUGUAUUCCUCGAUUAAUUUCUGCCAUCUUCAAAAUAGGUUGUAAGGUA